AUGGGGAACAAGUCGUCUCUGUUAUUAAGAGAAGAAGAAAUCGCACAACUUCAAGAAGAAACUGGCUUUACACCAAAUCAAAUAGAGCGCCUGUACUCUCGUUUUACAUCACUUGAUAAAAAUGACUGUGGCACACUAUCUAGAGAAGACUUUCUUAGGAUACCAGAAUUAGCCAUCAACCCACUAAGUGAAAGAAUUGUUCACUCGUUCUUUGCUGAGAGUCAUGAUGACAGAGUCAACUUCUUGCAAUUCAUGAAAGUGCUGUCCCACUUUAGACCUAUUAGAAAAAAUAGAGAAAACAGACUUAACAGCCGAGAAGAAAAAUUAAGAUUUGCUUUCUCUAUGUAUGAUCUGGACAAUGACGGUAAAAUCUCAAGAGAUGAAUUAUUAGCUAUUUUGCACAUGAUGGUGGGAGUUAAUAUUAGCGAAGAGCAACUUACAAGUAUUGCUGAGAGAACAAUCCUAGAAGCAGAUACUAACAAUGACCAGAUGAUCUCUUUCGAGGAGUUUUGCAGAGCCCUGGAAAGGACUGAUGUAGAGCAAAAGAUGUCAAUUCGCUUCCUCAAU